AUGAUAAUCUUUAAAAUUAUUUUUUUUCUUUUUAUACUAAAAAUUGGGCAUUAUCAUGCAUUAACAAUUGAAGAAUCAAGAAAGAUAUUAAAUUUACAUUAUAAUAGAACCCAACAAUUUGAAAUUAAAAAUACCAAUCAAACAGUUUUAUUUAAUGAGGAUAUAAAUGAUCAAAACUAUGAAAAUAGUAAUCAAACGUCUAUAGAUAAAACAAGUACUGAUAUUGAUAUUGUAACAAAUAAGAAUGUUGAAAAUGUUACAAUACCCCAAGAUAAUGUUGAUGAAAUGGAAGAAAUUGAUAAUACAAAAACAAAAUAUACAUUAUCAGAAGAAUUAUCACCUAUGCCAAAAAAGAAAGUUGAUGAUGAUAAGAAUACAAUAAUAAAUUUAUUAUAUGGUUCUAAGGCAAAAGAAAAAGAUGAAAAAGAAUCACCAACAAUAUUUGAAGAAUUAUUUAUUGAUACAUUAACUAAAAAUUUAAAUAAAAAAAAAGAAAAAUUUUUUGAUAGUAAUUUUGGUGAUGUUUCUAUUGAGGAGUCAUUUCAAACACUUGGUAGAUUAUGUCAUAAAUUUCUACAACAUUAUCGGUAUUUUUGUGUUGAACAACCAAUAACUAUACAAAAUGAAAUGCGUUGUCGCGGUUAUCAACAGGAUUGUUCACAUUUUUUUAGACCUAAAAGUCCUUUACAAAGAAUAACAGAAAAAUUACAAUCAAAUAUUAGAUUGGGAUAUUAUAAAUUAUAUGAUGUGCAAAAAACUAUGAGUCCAUUUAUUUAA